CUGGUGCAGGCGCGGCCCGGCACGGACCCGGCGGCUAUCGUCUUCGACGCGAUCGAAGCGGCGCGCGCCCGCGGACGGGACGUUGUGCUCGUCGAUACGGCCGGCAGGUUGCACACGCGCACCGACCUCAUGGCUGAGCUCGAAAAGAUACGGCGGGUGGCGUCGCGGGCAGUUGCGGGAGCGCCGCACGAGGUGCUGCUCGCGCUUGACGCCACGGUGGGGCAGAACGGCUUGGUCCAGGCACGGAAGUUCUACGACCGUGCCGGUGUGACCGGGAUCGUCCUGACCAAGAUCGACGGCACCGCCAAGGGCGGCAUCGCGGUGGCGAUCGCCUGCGAGCUCGGCUUGCCGAUCCGCUAUGUCGGCGUUGGCGAGGCGCUCGAAGAUUUGCUCCCGUUCGCACCCGACGCAUACGUCGAGGCACUGUUCACGAAGUCAUGGUAG